AUGUCUGUGGGCUACAGGUAUAAGCCCCAUACUGCGGGCGUGAAUCGAGUGCUGUUCGACUCUUCUGGGACUGUUAUCCUCUCCUGUGCUGAUGAUGGUUUCGUGUUUCUCUGGCAUUUGAAGGAAAGAAGAGCACUUGCUCGAUGUGAACAUCCAGCGGCGGUGAAGAACGUAAUCUGGACCAUUACGUCUGAGGGAGUACCUUCUUUUGUCUCUCUGUGCUUCGAUGGUCGAGUUUUUCUUUGGGAGCUGAAUGGUUAUCAUAAUGCGCGACUGCUACUGGAGUGGCGAAUGGUCGGCAUUGACCAACAUUGCACGAUCACCGAAUCAUCGCUUGCUUUCGACGCCACUCGUCAUACAUUGGUGAUAGCUAUGGGCAGCGUAUUUCAGAUUUGGGCUUUACACUCAGAAGUAUCUCUUCAAUGCGAUCUAGAGGCUGUUGCUCCAGGGCCCAUAAUCUCACACGUUCAAUUUGUGCCGCAUACCGAUACGCUCCUUGUGUUUUACAAGGUGCCUAAAGUGAUCCUAGGCUACAAUGUAGCUCGAGAACAGAUCGAACGGCAAAUAGCAGUGAACCAUCAUAUAGGAUCAGCAGCGCUGAUUGACUCUAAACACGUCAUCCUAUAUGACCUGACUACGGGUCUUCGUCUUCAUGAGAUUGGCAUUAAUAAGACGACCCAGACCCUGAAAUUUAUAUUGCCUAUCAGGAGACGUUUACCUGUCCGAUUGGUAACUUGUGGUGGCAGACAGUUGAUAUGGAGCACCAGCGAAGAGAACGUACUCUACUUAUGGGAAGUAGCAUCGGCAAAUUGUCUCCGAGUUGUGCAUUGUGAAGGUGGUGCACUGCUUUUUUCAUAG